AAUGACAGCACAGCAAUGAACAGAGGAGUGUAUUGAUUUAAUUUUCUAUAGUUUUUCUUUAAAAAUAAGUAUUUGAAACAUGGGAAACGUUGACACGAAAUUAAAUUUUAGAAAAGCUGUCGUUCAACUUACAUCCAAGUCAGAGCCAAUUGACUCCAGUGACGAUUCUUUUUGGGAACAGUUUUGGUCAGAAAACGUAACAAAUGUUCAAGAUAUAUUUACGUUGGUCCCAGCAACAGAAAUACGACAGUUACGGGAAGAUGCCCCUUCGAAUUUAGCGACAUUGUGCUAUAAAGCAGUUGAGAAACUCGUAAAAGCUGUUGAUAACAGUUGUCGUACACAUUAUGAACAACAAACUGUUUUGAACUGUGCAAGACUGUUGACAAGAAUUUUACCAUACAUCUUUGAAGAUCCUGAAUGGAAAGACUUUUUUUGGUCAUCUUUGCCAAGUAGAGAGGAAGAAUAUGAUGAGUCUGUACCUUUGGCUCACUCUUUGCUUAAUUCUGUGUGUGACUUACUCUUCUGUCCGGACUUUACUGUUGUGGCAAGCAGAAAAAGUGGACCAGACAAGGCUGAAGAAUUAUCUGCUAUUGACAGCUGUGAAUAUAUAUGGGAGGCUGGAGUAGGUUUUGCCCAUUCUCCACCUAGAAAUCCCACUUUUGAUGCUAACAGAACUGAAUUAUUGAAACUGCUUCUUACCUGCUUUAGUGAAACUAUGUAUCAUCCCCCUGCUGAUAUAACAGAGAAUCCUAACAAGUGGAUCUUAUAUUUAACAUCUGCUGAAAAUAGACAUGCACUUCCAAUGUUCACGUCUUUGUUAAAUACAGUAUGUGCUUAUGACCCUGUAGGUUUAGGUGUACCAUAUAACCAUCUAAUAUUCAGCGACUCUUUGGAACCACUAGUUGAAGCUGCUCUUCAGAUCCUCAUUGUUACCCUAGACCACGAUACCAGCUCUUCAACACCAGCCGAAAGUGAAGAUGUUUCAGUUCCGGAUAAUCUGUUCAUCAAUUAUCUUUCCCGUAUACACAGAGACGAAGAUUUUAAUUUUAUCUUGACUGGUAUAACACGCUUACUAAAUAAUCCACUAGUUCAAACUUAUCUACCAAAUUCCAACAAAAAAGUGCAUUUCCAUCAAGAAUUGUUAGUCUUCUUCUGGAAAUUAUGCGAUUAUAACAAGAAAUUUUUAUAUUAUGUACUGAAAAGUAGCGACGUUUUAGAAGUGUUAGUUCCUAUUUUAUACCAUUUGAAUGAUUCCAGAGCUGAUCAAUCACGAGUUGGCUUGAUGCACAUCGGAGUAUUUAUACUUCUUCUACUGUCUGGCGAACGGAACUUUGGGGUUCGUCUUAACAAACCUUACACCGCUACAAUUCCAAUGGACAUUCCAGUUUUUACCGGAACUCACGCCGAUCUCUUAAUAAUCGUAUUUCAUAAAAUAAUUACCACCGGCCAUCAAAGACUACAGCCUCUUUUUGAUUGUCUGCUGACGAUUCUAGUCAACGUUUCCCCUUACUUAAAAACAUUGUCCAUGGUUUCGAGUACGAAGCUUCUACACUUAUUGGAAGCAUUCAGCACGCCCUGGUUCUUAUUCUCUGCUUCCUCGAAUCACCAUCUAGUAUUUUUCCUUCUUGAAAUCUUCAACAACAUCAUCCAAUAUCAGUUCGACGGGAACUCCAAUCUUGUAUAUACGAUUAUAAGAAAACGCCAGGUAUUCCACAGUUUGGCCAACUUACCGGUCGACUACAGCUCCAUCUCGAAGUCGAUCAACAAGCGAACGAAGAAGAGAAUGUCCAGCUCUAUCAGUCACGAAAACAUCAACGAGCAAGCCAUGGAAGGAUCUCAUCCGGCACUUCCCGCCGAGCCGGGCACGCUGAAAGCCACUCUUCCCGAUACCCCGCAGAUUGCGCAGAUGACGGAGAGAGAGUCUGCGCAUCCGGCGAUAAAGCAGGAGGACGGUCUCACGUUGGCAAACGGAAUGGCCACUUUAGCGUUAAAUACACCAUCAAAGACUGCAGUUACCAUAGGAAAUAGUAGUAUUAGUGAGGUAAAUACCAAUGACGGAUAUGAGUUGAAAGAAUCACCGACUCCUUCCCCGACUGGAACACUUACCAGAUCAGUGAACGCGCGUAAUAGUUUAAGAGUUAGUGCACCGAGUGAUAAUAUAAACGGACAAUGGGUACCGACUAGCGAAUGGGUGCAUUCGUGGAAAAGCAAAUUACCGCUCCAAACAAUCAUGCGAUUAUUACAAGUUCUCGUGCCUCAAGUUGAAAAGAUUUGCAUUGAUAAGGGGCUGACUGAUGAAAGCGAAAUAUUGAAGUUUUUACAGCACGGUACUUUAGUAGGCCUAUUACCCGUCCCUCACCCUAUUUUAAUUAGGAAAUAUCAGGCGAAUUCGGGCACUACUACUUGGUUUAGAACGUAUAUGUGGGGAGUAAUAUAUCUAAGGAAUGUGGAUCCCCCUGUUUGGUAUGACACCGACGUAAAGUUAUUUGAGAUCCAGCGUGUUUAAAAUUUAAACUUGUUUCGUUAAAGAGUAAUAUAUUUAUAUUUAUUUGUAACUAUGUUGUGACUGUGCAUUCAACAGAUGAUUAUAUAUAUGCAUUUUAAUGAGUAGUUUUAAAGAAAAUUAGAAACUAUUUUUUAUAAGACAUUCCCUUGUUAAUACGUGUUUAGUUUAACGUUUUUGUUGUUUGUUAAGGUUACUGCUACUAAAAUAGUGUUAUUAACUGAAUUUUUCGAUGUAAGUAUUGAAAUGAACAUACCUGUUUUUUUCAUCAUUUAAAAUCUCUGCGAAUAUUUCGUUUUCGACAGAUCUGGAAUUAUUUUUUCCUGGCGUUUCUCCAGCAAUAGAUUACAGGAUAUGCCAAGUUGCUAUCAUCCGUCAAUGUCUUGGCUUUGUACUGUGUAGAAAUCUCAUUCUAACACACAUAGUUCAGUGUUAAGACACAUAUGUAGAGCAGAUUUGUAUGUGAUGACCCCUUUCAAGAGAACUCUCUUAGAUUGGUAUCGCUAAUGAGCUGUAGUAAUAUGCCAAGAACAAAGAUGGGGAUCGGUAACGGUAAGCUAGUCAUUGAUUUUUCUCAGAUAUGUAGUGUAAAAGGCCUUUUUUUUGCUUCUCGCUCGAGCUAUUCCCUGCAAGAGCAAAAUCACAUAUAAAAUAGACGAAUGCGAACUUUACAGUGCCUUCGACGUUUUCCUGGAAACGUGUUCUGUGUUUUGCCAAAGAAGAGAGUCAGUAAGAUGCGUCAUUUAAGUCUACACCAAAAAAGUAUCUCCCACAUUAUAGCUGAAUGCAGAUAUUACCACUAAUUGCUUCAUACUCACCCUUAGUAGUUUUGUUAUGUCACUAAAUAGUGAAUAAGAUGAAGGUAUCUUUACCUCUUUCAACAUGGUCACUGAUAGUUCGCAAAUUCCUUAAUACUCACUCUGCUUUCUUUUAUUUUGGUGCACAUAGCUACAUCAAAGAGCGACUGACAAGGCCCGCGACGUACAAUGGAAUAUAACGUCCAUACUUUCGCCUGCAUUCGACAAAAUUACAAUUGAUUUAUGUCUCUUUAAUUAAGGCUAACAUACUAAACAUUUAUGUAAUGUUAAAUUAAUUUUUUUAAUAGUAAAAAGUUCUAAAAAAUAGAAAAACAGUAACCGUAAGUUGUGCAUUGACCGUUUGUUUAGCAUCUGUUGUUUGCACUUAAAAUUAGUUAUAUUUAUUACAAAGCAUACAAAUCUAAAAUAUGAAAAUAUUUCACAGUAA